AUGAAGCUGCUAUCACAAAAGCAGUUCAAAGACGUCGAGGAGGAGCAGGUCACUCUCCAACCAGACGAGCCCGAGGAUAUGUGGCACGCAUAUAAUCUCAUCGUCGUCGGCGACCGUGUUCGCGGCCACGCCAUCCGCAAAGUCAGCCUCACCAACGGCGGCACCGGCACUGUCCAGUCGGAGCGUGUACACGUCGACCUCACCGUCAAAGUCAAGUCGCUCUUUUUCGACCCGGCUGCCUCGUCGCUGCGCGUCUCCGGCACCAUCUGCUCCGAGAACGAGUACGCCCCCCUCGGCUCCCACCACACGCUCGAUCUCGAGGUCGACCGCCCGUUUACCCUCAUCAAGGCUCACGGCUGGGACAGCGUAGCCCGCGAGGCGCUCACACAGGGCCUCGGCGACGACCGAAACCGCGCGACCGCGACCGUCGUCAUGCAGGAGGGCCUCGCCAACAUCUGCCUAAUCACCGAGUUUCGCACAAUUUUCAAGGCCCGCGUUGACCAUGUCGUGCCUAAAAAGAGAGAUGCUGCCGCAACGCAGGACGCGGGCAUUAAAAAGUUUUACGAAAAGACGCUUGCGACUCUUUUGAGGUCGGUAGACUUUGCAGCGCCGCGUCCGCUGCUACUAGCCAGCCCUGGCUUCAUUGCCACAGACUUCAAGGACUACAUUGCGCAACAAGGCCGUGACAAGUCCGACAAGAUACUGACCUCGGUCGCCAAGCAAGCUACAGUCAUUCACUCAAAUUCAGGUCACAUGCACAGUCUGCGCGAGGUGCUUAAGAGCCCAGCCGUCUUAGCCCAGAUGCGCGACAUGAACUUUGCCAAGGAGGCGCAGCUGAUGGAUACAUUCUUUGAGCUAUUGAAGCGCGACGAUGGCCGCGCAUGGUAUGGCUCGCACGCCAUCAACAAGGCUAUUGCGGACGGCGCUGUCGGCCCUGGUGGCGGCGUGCUACUCAUCAAUAACUCGCUGUUUCGUAGCAACGACCUGGCGGUUCGCAAAAAGUACGUGGCGCUGGUCGACAAGGUCAAGCUGGAUGGCGGCGAGACGAGGGUGCUCGGCAGCGAUCACGAAAGCGGACAGCGUCUCAAGAUGCUGGGUGAUAUUGCGGCAAUAUUGAAUUAUCCCAUGCAUGACUUGGACGAAGAUGAAGAGGACGAGGUACAGCCUGAGAUUGAUAGAACUAGACAUGAAGAGGACGAUGUGGGCAUGCUGGACAGUGUCAUUUGA